UAGCCGGCCAACUGCAACCAUAUAAUCAGAUACUCAUACGAUGAAUGGCUAUUCCUCGUCACACAUGGCAACGUCCCAAAAUAUUUAGCGAUAUUUCAAUUAGUAGUAGCAAAUCGACAGUCAGUUAACAGAAAAUUAGCAUUCAGGCGGAGUUUAUCAAAUAUGAAUUGUACAGCUCUGUCCAGCACUCCCUUCUUGUCUUCCUCAAUUACAAUUUCGGAUUCAAGAAAAUCUCCUAAGAUUCUUGGUUGCCCAUGUUCAACUGUUCGAAUUACGUGCUCUUCUGCAAGUCCGGACCCUCCCAUCACAAUUGUUGAACUUGAAAAUAGUUCUUCAUUGACUGGUGGUGCAUAUGAUUUCCAAAGAGCAACAACUUCACUUACUCAGAAGUUGUUGUCUUCACCAAAGAAGGUAACUCUCGUACGGCAUGGUCUUAGCUCUUGGAAUAAAGAAGGUAGAGUUCAGGGCAGCUCAAACCAGUCGGUCUUAUCUGAAGCAGGGGUUGCACAAGCAGAAAGGUGCAGAAUGGCCUUAGCUGAGAUGCACUUUGAUCAGUGUUUCUCAAGUCCAAUAUCUCGUGCCAAGUCCACUGCUGAAAUUUUGUGGGAAAAGAGGGAUCAGCCUUUGGUUUUCCUUGACUCGCUGAAGGAGGCUCAUCUAUUUUUUCUUGAAGGCAUGAGAAAUGUGGAUGCCAGGAAGAAAUAUCCCAAAGAGUUCACCAUGUGGAGAGAAGAUCCUUCGAAUUUUUGCAUUGAUGGUGUCUAUCCUGUUCGAAAACUCUGGGAAACGGCUCGUGAAGCUUGGAUGGAAAUACUCUUUACACCCGGGGAAAAUUUCUUGGUUGUAACUCACAAAUCGAUACUGAGGGCAUUGAUCUGCACUGCUCUUGGACUAGGACCUGAGAGGUUCCGCGCAAUUGACAUCAACAAUGGUGGAUUAUCUGUUUUCAGCUUUAAUAAACAAGGAGAGGCCAUGCUUCAAUCCUUGAACAUGACGGCCCAUAUGUACAGCGAUCAUAUUUUCCAUUACUGAGUGUUGUUCUUGGUAAAGUCAAGUUUGUUACCUGACUUGGAUGAACCAGAUGGGAAGUCAGUGUAUACGGUGGUUUGAGAAGAGCAAUAUAUUCUUUUUUUUGCCCCCCCUCUGGCUUGAGCUAAAAUUUCACUCUUGUAUCUUGUAAUAAUUAAAACUAUUUGGUCAGCUUAUGCCAAGGAACAGAUUUUAUAUAUAUAUAUUUCCCCCCAGUAUGCCA